AAAUGCAAAAUGUUUAUUCAGUUAUUAAUGAACAAGAAAAAUCUGAAGCAGCUAUUGUUAAUAAAAGCAUUGAAGUAACUACUAUUAAUAGAAGUUCUGAACCAACUAUUACUAAUAACAAAUGUAAAAGAGAUAGCAAAAAACUAUUAUGA